AUGUCAGAUUCCAACAGAACCAACUUCAUCAACCCCUCCACCUUCAUCCUCCUGGGAGUUCCUGGCCUGGAGGCCUCCCAUGUCUGGAUCUCCAUCCCCUUCUGCAGUUUAUAUGUCGUAGCUCUCUUGGGGAACUUUGCCAUCCUCUUCAUUGUGAAGACGGAGCGGAGCCUCCAGGGCCCCAUGUACUAUUUCCUCUGCAUGCUGACUGUCACCGAUCUCGUCCUGUGCACAUCCACCAUUCCCAAAACGCUGAGCAUCUUCUGGUUUAAUUCCAGGGAGAUCAGUUUCAGUGGCUGCCUCACCCAGAUGUUCUUCAUUCACUCUCUGACAGUGAUGGAAUCUGGCUAUUGUGUGGCCAUGGCGUUGGAUCGUUACGUGGCCAUUUGUGAUCCUUUGAGACAUUCCACCAUCCUGACAAACUCCAUGAUGGCCAAGAUCGGCCUGGCCGUAGUGCUGCGGGGAGUCAUUCUCAUUCUGCCCUAUCCCAUCCUGGCCAGGCAGUGGCCAUAUUGCAGAACCAACAUCAUCCCCUCCACACACUGCAAGCACAUGUCUGUGGUGAGUCUGGCCUGUUCCAACAUCAGCAUCAGUAGCUACUACGGCCUCUUUGUGGCAUUAGCUGUGAUGUUUCUGGAUCUGUUUCUUAUCGCUGUGUCCUACACUCAGAUCCUUAGGGCCAUCUUCCGCCUCCCCACCAAGGACGCCCGGCUCAAGACUUUUGGGACUUGCAGCUCCCACCUCCUUGCCAUUUUAGCCUUUAAUAUCCCAGCUCUCUUCACCUUUCUCUCACAAUACUUUGGCCACAAUAUGCCCCUCCAUGUCCACAUUCUCAUGGCCAACGUCUAUCUCCUGGUGCCCCCCAUGCUGAACCCCAUCAUCUACGGGGUGAGGACCAAACAGAUACGCCGCAGUUUGGUUCAGCUCUUUACUCCUAGGAAGAACUAA